GCUAAAAUUAAUUAUCAUAAAAAAAAGUGUUUGGAAAAUGUAUUUUUACUGCUUAGAUAUAAUAACCAGUAAUCACAGUAAUGGAGUCUGAAAGCGAAGUGAUCGUUUGUAAUAUAUGCGGCAUUUCAGGGCCACUGGCUCAAAUCAAACGUCCCUUUAAAAGCAUUUUGGAUCCUUUAUUUACAGACCUGUUAACUGGACUAUAAAUUGAAUUAAAAAAACCUGUCAAUUUCAACAUUUAUCCAGCAUAUUACAGUUGUCAAAGUUAAUCGGUAUCAUUAAUUAUGUCAGUAUUACUUUUUCUAUAUUUGCGAAAUUUAAUGUUCAUAUUUAAAGAUCUAACUAAGGAAUGAAGAUUUUGAUCGUUCUUUUUAGAUAUUACAAUUACUUUCCUCGUUUGAGAACAAUAUGGAAUGCACUACCAUCAAAUUUCAUUUAUCAGUACAAACAAAAGUUCAUAGUUGGUGGAAAUUGGAAAAUGAAUGGAUCCAAAAAAACUGUCCGUAGACUAUUUAAAAUAUUAGAAAAAGGACCAAUAAAUAAUAACACACACGUUUUCGUUAGCGUUCCUACCAUUUAUUUAGCAUACAGUAAAUCAUUUUGUCCGAAAAAUGUCCAAUUAGCUGCUCAGAAUUGCUAUAAAGCAAAAAAAGGAGCUUUUACAGGUGAAACAUCGCCAGCUAUGCUCAAGGAGAUUGGUGUAGAAUGGGUUAUUUUGGGACAUUCCGACAGGCGACAAAUAUUCAAAGAAUCCAAUGAGCUUGUUGCAGAAAAAGUAUUUUUUGCCAAAAAAUUUAAUUUAAAAGUGGUGGCCUGUGUUGGAGAAAACCAAUCUGAACAAGCAGCUAAAAAAACAUAUGAUGUAAUUUUUAAGCAAACCAAAGCUAUAUCUGAAAAAUUAUGUGGCGAUUGGACCAACGUAGUAUUAGCAUAUGAACCAGUUUGGGCCAUACGGACAGGUAAAACUGUGACCCCAGAGCAAGUUGAAGAAAUCCAUUGCGCCCUUAAAGAAUGGAUAUGUUUAAACGUUUGUCCAGAAGUUGGGGAUUGUGUAAAAAUACUAUAUGGUGGAUUGGUAACCGGUAAAAAUUGCAAGAAAUUAGCAAGACAACCGAACGUUGAUGGGUUUUUAGUGGGUGAAGCGUCACUUAAAAAGGAGUUUAUUAAAAUUAUAAAUGCUAAGCCACAGUUCUAAAUAUAUUUUGCUAUUUUUGUAUUAAAACUAUACUGAAAAGUAACAAUUCUAGAUUAUAAAAUAAAAAACCAGCUCAAAGCUUUUA